AUGUCCACAGCCGCGAAACUGACCCUCGCGGGCACAACCGCCAGCGCAAUUGGCAUCGUCGUGCUCGUGCACUUCCAGCAGCAAGCCGAGAAAGCCGCCAUGCACGCCGGCGUCGUCCGCGACGUCGAGCAGCAGCGGCUCAAGCGCGAGCGCCAAGCCGACUUUGACAUGCAGCGGCGCCUAGAAGAAGAGUACCGCAAGGUGCAGAGCGUGACGGACGGAGCAGGCAAAACGGCACAAUAA